AUGACAGAAUAUUUUGAUCAAAUUUUGACAUCUUAAAUCAUCAGUGAUGUAAGAAAACGAGCACCAAUAUUGGAUACAAAAUCUAUUUAUUACACAAUAUAAUUGAAAAGUACAGAUAUUGAACCUCAUUUGUAAUUAUUACAUAAUUUAUUUUGAAUGUUUUAGAGCCUGGGAAACAGUUAAAUAUACAUUUGAAAUAAUUAAAACAGAUUUGAUUCAUGGAAUAGAAGAAAAUCAUUAAUUUACAAGAAGGUAAUUCUUAUACAAAAUUUAGAUAUUCACAUUUUGAAUGGCUAUAAAAUGAGUUAGAAAAUAAACAUAUUGGAAGAAUUUUACCCAGUUUACCUUAAAAAACAUAAAAUUAUGAUAAAGAUAAAAGGUAUAUAUGUAUAUUAUGGAAUAAUAGAAAAUAUGAAUUUAUUUAUUAUAUGUAAAAGUUAUUAGAUCAUAAACUAUUAAAAAAUUCAGAUGUAUUAUAAAAAUUUAUUAGUAAAGAAUUAAAAGUAAUAAUACAAUUAUUAAUAUAGGACUUUAAUGAUUUCUAAGAUUAUAUAAAUAAACUUAAUGAUUCAAAUACUAUUAUUAAUAGAAUAAUGAAUACUGGAGUUUCUUUAGUUUCAUUAUUUUCAAAAUGUGUAAAUUUUGGAUCUUCUUAAUUCUUGCCAAGAAUACCUGAUAAAUAAGAUUCAUAAAUUGAUGAAGGUACUUUAUUUUUUAUAUAAUCUUGAGUUUCUAAAGAGAUCUAAUUAAAUAAAUAAUAAACUGAAAUAAUAUUUUCAGAUAUGUAAAAAGUAGUCUAAAAAUUAUUAAUUUAAUCCAAAUCACUUGUUAUAAGUUAAGAAAUUUUCUGUAAAACAAUUCAAUUAUAUAUUUAGUAACUGAAUGUUAAUAAACUGAUGAAUUCAUGAAAUUAAAAUAGAUUUCAAAAUUAUAUGAAACAUUUUAAAUAAAUUUAAAAGAGAGAUAUAUUUAUAGACUUGAAACUUGUAUUAGAGAUUACGAUUAAGCUAUAAAAAUAAUUAAUUAAUAUAAAGAAUUAAAGGAUUAAAUUAAUAAAGAUUCUUAAUAAAUUAAUAAUAUUAAUAUUGGUAAAUCAAAAUUAGAGGAACUUAAAUAUGCUAUAAAUAAUAAUAAAUAAAAAUUUGAAUAAUUGUACACUAAUUUUUUAGAUGAUCUUCCAAUAUUCAAAUAUUAGUAAUAAUUUUAUUUGAAAGAUAUCUAAACUAAUUUUCAUACUGAACUAUCAGAAUUUUAUUUGACAUUAAAAAACUACAAAUAAUGA